UUUUUCCUUUCGAGAGGAGCUGUAUUUUAAAAGGCUCUUUUUAGCUUAACCAGGGCCUGUUCUACCUUGCAGAAAUGGAAGGAGAAAAAGCCAGUCUGGAAAUAAGAGGGUUAAUUCAAGAAUUGAUGAACCAAGAGACAUUAUUUGAUAUAUCAGAGGUUAUUGAGAAGCUGUUCAGCAGGAUAGAAAAUAUGAAUAAAGAAAGCUGGAAAGAGAGUCAGAAAGCCCAGGUUGAAGACAGUGCAGUUAAUUUAUGGAAUUGGACUGUGGCAAGAAAAGUAGCCCCUGGUAUCACUGAUAUGCAACGAGUUAAAUUACGCCAUGUUGCCUGCAAACUGAUGAUGUUUUGUGAAGUAAGUGAUCCAAAUGAGGAGAUGAUGCGAAGGCAAAUUUUGAUGGUAAUGAAGACAGGAAAAGGUUGGAUGGAUGUUGGAAAACCUGUCCUUGCAAAUAAAUUCCUUGAAACUGCCCUGAAUGAUCUAGAAAAACUUUAUGCCCAACUAAACAAGAACUGCAGCAGUGAGGCUGAGGCUAAUAUGCACAAAGCUGACAUAGAGAAGGAUGUAUUUAAAGUUUUGUCUUACCAGGCUGAAUCUGCGGUUGCUCUAGCAGAUUUUCAGAAAGCAGUCAUGUGUGUGCAGCAGUGUAAAGACAUCCUGAUAAGGCUGCCAAAAGAGGCUUGUUACCUUUCUCUCCUAUGCUAUAACUUUGGCAUAGAAACAUACGAACUCAAGAGAUAUGAGCAGAGCUCCUUUUGGCUCAGCCUUAGUUAUGAAGUUGGAAAGAUGCACAAAAACUCUUCAAUUAGUAAAGAAAUGCAGGCUAAAGUGCUGCGAUUAUUAGCUACUGUGUAUUUGGAGUGGGACAAACAAUAUCAAGACAAAGCUCUCCAGGUUAUCAUCAUGGCUAAUGAGGAGAAUUUACAUCCAGCUGGUUUUUACUUAAAAAUCAAAAUUCUCCUGAAAGGUGAUGCAUCAGAUGAAGAUAUUAGAAAAGCUGUUACUGAACUUCUGCACCAUGAGGUUUCUCUGGAGGUAUGUCUGGACACUGUGAAGUUGCUUCUUGAACAUGAGAGGGAGGCCAUUGGAUUUGAUUUUCUAAAAUCAGUAGCUCAGCUGUUUGAAAGAUCCCCAGAUGUUGGCAGAGUCAUUCUCUUUCAUAUCGAACUCCUGUUACAGAGAAUGAAGGAGCCGCUUGCCAAGGGAAUGAUUGAAGAUGCCAUUGCAGCACACAACAUAGGAAAGCAACUGCCUCCUGAAAUACUGAACCGCUUACACCUUGUUCUGUGGGACAGAGCAGCUAAGAAUUAUGAGUUAAAGAGCUAUCCUGAAGCCCUUCAGUGGUACAACUAUUCUCUCAGCUUUUACGCAUCUGGGCAGACAGACCAGCAGAACCUGGCAAAGCUGUGCAGGAAUAUGGCUGCUUGCUAUCUGCGCCUGAAAGAGCCUGAGAAGGCUAAUGAGGCAGUAAAGGAGGCAGAAAGGUAUGACCCAAACAGCAUCUUCACUCAGUUCUGUGUGUAUAAAAUAGCAGUCUCAGAGAAAAAUACCCUCAAAGCUUUGGAUGCGUUUGUAGCAAUGGAGAAAUCAGCAACAGAGUUCACUAAAGGCAAACUGCUAACAGAAGGAUCUGUGGUUACCAGCCUUCUGAGCUUAGCAGCUCAGUUUGCUUUGGAGAAUGAUCAACAGGUUAUGGCUAUUAAAGCCUUGGGGUAUUUAUCUCAGCACUUGCAGGAUUGCCAGCAAGCACUUACAGCUAUAAAAUGUUUGAUCCGACUUGUAUUGUCAAAAGUGCAAUCUGAAGAGGAGAUGAUUAAAGAUAUGGAGACACUUCUAUCAUACUUGACAGCAGCUCACCAUAGACUUGAUGAGCUGCACGAAGAGGAAAAGGAGUUGCUGGAAAUCAGGGUCACUGAAGCUCAGUGGUUCAGAAAGAUAGCUUGGAACUUGGCUGUCCAAUGUGAGGGCUGCUUAAAACUGAUGAGAGAUUUCUUUAUAACAUCAUUCAAGUUCUCCCAGUUUUGUCCUCUUGAUAAAGCUGUCCUGCUUGCUCAGAGAACAUGUCUGCUCAUGGCUGCUGCAGUUGAUCUGGACAUAAGCCGAAGCAAUUUGUCGCCUGCUGAUGAGCAGGCUGAACUGCUGACUCAGGCCCUCGAAUACAUCCAGUCAUGCAGAGCAAUCUGGAAAGUCUUGAAACAAACAGGUGAUUUUCCCAAAGAUCCCACAGACACAGUAUUGCUGCUCUAUGAAUUUGAAGCCAGUGCCAAGCUAAAUAGCCCUGCGGUGUCCAGCCUGUUAGACCAAGUUCUGGCACUUCCGCAAGUGGAGAUCAAGACUCUGGAAACUAUUGCAGCACUGGCCAUGGAAUCACCAGCUCACUAUCCCUCCGUGUGUAAGAGGGCCCUCAAGAUGAUCUUGACUAUCCUGAGGAAAUGUGAAUCUGUUGAUACGAUCACCUGCAGCAAAUGUCUGCACAGCUUGGUCCACCUUUCUCUGCCAUCAGGCCUGACUGAGGCAGAUGUUUGUGUGCUGGAGGAGGCCUGGGCCUAUUUUGAAGAUGCUCUCGCCAUUUUGGACAACACACAGGUGCUACAGACUGGUUAUCCGGAGGUGGAGAUAAUCUGGCUUAUGACUAGAGCUUGGAACACAGGAAUAAACCAGUACUGUGCUGGCAAAUACAAGGAAGCAGAGCGAUGGUGUGGCCUAGGCAUGCAAUUCUUGGCGUACCUGGGAACGUUGAAGAACAGCUACGAGAAUCAGAUGAUUGGUGUUUACAGUGAGGUGCUGGACAAACUGGACAAAGCAAAGAGAUGCCAUUCCAAAGAAGAGUGACCAUGACUGUGGCUGCCGCGAGCUGACUUGCGCUGGACCGGGCUUCCCAGCUGCAGAGAGGC